AUGCAACAUGGAAAUCCAGAAGAUAUAUUUUUCAAUCUGUACAGAUCAGAAGAACAAAUGAUGGAAUUUAUACAGUUUAUGGAUAGCUCAUGGUUUCUCUAUGACAAAGCAGCAGUUAUUUCAGCAUUUGAUCUUUCAUGCUUCAAGAUCAUCUGUGAUUUGGGAGGAUGCACAGGGACUUUGGCAAAAGUUUGUGACUCUAUGUAUCCAACCUCGUCCGUCAUUCUCUAUGAUCUACCAGAGAUAAUACAAGUCACACAGGAACAUUUUAUAUCAAAAGGGGACAAUCGCAUUUCUUUUCAGAAAGGAAAUUUUUUCAAAGAUCCUCUUCCAGAUGCUGACCUUUUUAUUCUCUCUCGUAUACUUCAUGACUGGGAUGACGACACGUGUUUGAAGCUCUUAAAAAAAAUUUACAUGGCUUGCAAACCAGGUGGUGGGAUACUUAUCAUUGAAAUGCUCUUAAAUGAAGAUCGGACUGGCCCACUAAUAGCCCAUUUGAAUAGCAUUUUGAUGUUAGCAAUAACAGAUGGAAAAGAGAGAACACUCUCUGCAUUUAAAACUCUUCUUGAAACUGCUGGAUUUAAAGAUAUUCAAUUGGGUACAAAUGGAAAAAUAAUGGAAGUCAUCCUUGCUAGAAAGUGA